AUGCCUUUCGCACAGCUCGUACUUGGCUCUCCCGGUGCUGGAAAAUCCACCUACUGUAAUGGCAUGCAACAAUUCAUGUCUGCCAUAGGUCGCAAGUGUUCCAUCGUCAAUCUCGACCCCGCCAAUGAUCAUACGAGCUAUCCUUGCGCCAUCGACGUGCGCAGUUUUAUAAAACUCGAAGAUAUCAUGGAAGAGGAUUCAUUGGGUCCCAAUGGCGCCGUACUCUACGCACUUGAGGAAUUAGAACAGAAUAUGGAGUGGUUGGAGGAGGGACUGGCGGAGUUGGGCGAGGAUUAUGUACUUUUCGAUUGUCCAGGACAGGUCGAACUUUAUACACAUCAUUCGUCUUUACGGAAUAUUUUUUUCAAGUUGCAGAAAUUAGGAUAUAGACUUGUAGUUCUCCAUCUUUCCGAUUCCUAUUGCUUGACUUUGCCUUCAUUAUACAUCUCGAAUCUCAUCCUCUCUUUGCGAGCAAUGCUGCAAAUGGAUUUACCACAUCUGAACGUUUUGACGAAAAUGGACAAAUUGGCUUCGUAUCCACCACUUCCUUUCAACUUGGAUUUCUACACCGAAGUCCAAGAUCUUUCACAUUUGCUCCCUAGCCUUCAAGAAGAAUCGUCGGUAAUGAGGGGUUCGAAGUUCGAGGGUUUGAAUAAAGCAAUUACACAACUUGUCGAGGAUUUCGGGUUGGUGGGAUUUGAGACUCUAGCGGUGGAGGAUAAAAGAAGUAUGAUGAAUCUACUCCAAGUGAUAGACCGUGCUGGAGGAUAUGCUUUUGGUGGUGCAGAGGGAGCGAACGAUACUGUGUGGCAGGUGGCUAUGAGAGAAGGUACCACAACGAUGGAUAUAAAAGAUGUUCAAGAGCGAUGGAUCGAUCGCAAGGACGAGUAUGAUGAAGCCUAUCGAGAGAUGGAGAAGCAGCAGUUCGAGGCGCAGUCCAAGAUGCAGGAGGAGGAAGAGAACUCGAGAGCUGCUGAAGAUGAUGAUCUCGAGGAGAUGGCUCGGGCACCAUUCGAUUCGGGCGUAAAAGUUGUUAGAACAAAUCAAUGA